AUGGCCUCAUUGUCAUGGUAUUUAUUGUGGGUGACAAAAGACAAAAGUCUUAAAAGGUCGAUGUCUGGUAUCACUCCAACUGAAGAAUGCGUAACAAGCUACAAUGAAAUGCAAAUUAAGAAGAAGUAUGGAUAUUUAAUCAUGAAAAUCAAAGACGAAAAGAAAGUGGCCAUUGAAGAGAAAGGUGAUCCAUUUCCAACAGAUCAGCCACAAAGUAAGAAUAAAGAAGAAUUUGAUAAAGUGAAAGCAAAAUUCUUGGCUGAAGAACGUGAACCGCGCUUCUUGCUCUUUGACUUUAAGCUAGACACCAAGGAUGGCCGCCGAGAGAAAAUAGUUUUCAUCAACUGGUAG